AAUGGCUGCAGUAUUAUCCAUCCUACAACAUUCAACAUGCCCAGAAGAUGUCAUGUUUCAUUUUCUAUGUGAUAAAAGGACUCAUUUCGAAGUCGAUUCGCCAGGCGCUAGACGAGCCUCUGAAUUACGCGAGAAUUUAUCUGUCAGAUUUAAUUCCAAAUACGGAUGUGAAACGCGUGAUCUAUCUUGACUCGGACAUAGUCAUAGUCGAUGACAUCGCGAAGCUAUGGCAGGUUGACCUCCGCGAUAAGGUGCUAGCGGCGCCUGAGUAUUGCCAGGCGAAUUUUUCGACUUAUUUCACCAGCGCUUUCUGGGAGGACUCGGAGCUAUCGAGGGCAUUUGAAGGUCGAAAACCCUGUUAUUUCAACACGGGGGUUAUGGUGAUGGAUGUUGACAAGUGGAGGCGAGGGAGUUACACACAGAAAGUCGAGGACUGGAUGGUCAUACAGAAACAGAAAAGGAUAUACCACCUAGGGUCGUUGCCGCCUUUUUUGCUAACCCUAGGUGGUAAUAUAAUGCCGGUCGAUCAUCGAUGGAACCAACAUGGGUUAGGUGGUGAUAAUAUCGAGGGAAAAUGUAGGAGUUUGCACCCGGGACCAAUUAGUCUGUUACACUGGAGUGGUAAAGGUAAACCCUGGUUAAGACUGGACUCACGAAGACCAUGUACUGUUGAUCAUCUAUGGGCCCCUUAUGAUCUUUAUCGUUCCUCGAGGCAUUCCUUCGAGGAGUAAUUAAAGCAUAUUGACCGUGCAUGCAUGCGGGCAGAGCAGAGGCUGAUUCUGAAGUUUAGUCAAAGCACGUCCAGCAUGCAUGCAUGCAAGCAGAGGCGGAUUCUGAAUUUUAACCUGAUUACGGUUUAGUAUUUAUAUGUUCUUGUUACUACUAAAGAACCAUCAUUAUAUACAUUUUUCAAAAUUAUUGGGUUCAUAAUUUAAUAUUUAUUAUUGUUAAUGACUGUUAAGACUGGACUCAUGAAGAUCAUGUAUUGUUGAUCAACUAUGGGCCCCUUACGAUCUUUAUCGUUCCUCGAGGCAUUCCUUCGAGGAGUAAUCAAAGCAUGUCGACCAUGCAUGCAUGCAGGCGGAUUCUAAAUUUUAAUGUGAAUACGGUUAUAUACACUUUUCAAAAUAAUUGGGGUUCAUAAUUUAAUAUUUAUAUGUA